CUAAUUUGUUUCUAGGCUGUUUUGGGUGACCUUUCCAAAAUGUGCUCCGGAUUUUGUCUGAGAAUUUUCUUUGCCUUGUUUCCUGCUUAUGUAAGUUGUUUGGGGAGUUAUGAUGGGAACAUGUCAACCACUAAUAUGCAAAGUGUUCCAGUACGUACUUUCCCAGAGAUGGGUUCUGAGGUGAAACAAGUUGGAAAUUUAAUUGACCUACCCAACAAUCAAGACAACCACGGACAUUAUGAUAGUUAUCAAAAAGAGAAACUGUUUGAGGGAUCAAGUGUAACAUCAGAUGUAAAAGAUUGCCAAACUCGCACUGAAAGUGACAAUCAGGACAAUAUGAUUAAGCCCUUUGCAUCUGUUCCAAACUAUAAUUUGUUAGGUUUUGGUCAACCCCCUUCUCAAUAUGAGUCUAAUGCACUUACUGAUGUCUUCAAAAAUGUCCAGCCUGUUAGCCAGCUGGCUUAUACUUCUCAGGGUAGAUCCACCUUGAUGGAAACCCCAAAAGUACUGGGUUUUAAGACCUUCAAACCCUCUAAAAGUGAAUCUAGUUAUGAGGCCAUUAAAUCCUCAGCUGCUGGAUCUAGCAAGAUCUUUGCAGUGCAGGCUCCUAAACAUGCAUAUGACCGUGUAAUGUUUAAGCCUCAAGUUUCUGCAGAUGCACUUGUAGGAGACCCAAAGUGGACUCAAUCCAAUUCCAUCCUCAGUCAGUUUUCAAAACAGCAUGGCGCUUCUCACAGAACUGAGAGUUUUAGGAAAUUCCAGGCAGCUGGUAGCACGUAUGGUCCAAUCCUAAUGGGAGCACCUGUGCAUUCAAAGACCAAUCCAAGAAAACCCUCCCACGGUGGACUUGCACAUCCAGAGGCCAAGCCUUCGGUUGUUAGCUCGGGGCCAAUUGUCAUAUUACAGGGUAGUGAAAGUACUCAAGGACUUGGGAGUACACUUCCAAAUUCUGUAAAACCUAAGUGGUUUCCCAGUAAUGUUGACUUCAAUCAAUAUGUGACCCCUCGAUCCAGUCAGAUCUCUAGUGUUGCCUUGAAUGUUGGCGGCCGACAUAGUAAGUUAUGGCAUGCACCUCUUUACAAUUCAAUGAGACAAGGUCAAAACAGUGCUGGCCCUAAGCCACUGAAACGGUCUGGAAGUGGCUGUAGAGAUGAUGUUGGUAAAUAUUCAGUUGCUAGUUCUAGUGAGUUUCGUUUGAGAGCUCUUGAAAGUGCUGAUGGAGGCAAAUCAGUCCCUUACUAUGAGUCUCGUGAAGAUGUCCAGAAAAUGGUAAUGUCCAGUAACCCUAGAAAGUUUCAGAAAACCUACAAUACACAGCAUAAUGUGGUUAAAUCCUCUAUUACCAGUUCUGGGGAGAUUCGUAUGAUGUCAAAUCCUUCUACUGUCCAAAAUAAAACGCACUCCAUUAAGCUGCAAGUUACAUCAAAACCAAAUGCUAGCUCUCCAGAGCAUAGGGCAACGUUUCCGUCCAUUCGGACUGCUCUUCAAUACCAGCCUUUUGACGCUUACCUAAAUUCUAGAAAUGUCCAGCCAACCACUGCCAGCCCACCACAGAGUGGUUAUAAGGUCUUCUCUUCUUUUAUGGGAACUUCAUACAAACCAGGGUCGGCACCCCCAAAUGCUUUAAGCGAAUCAAGAUUUAGUGCCACUAAACCCUCUGUUGCUGAUGCAAUACGUGUAAGGCUUAAUAAAUGGCCCAAAAGCAUCUUUGGUAACCAUCAGAACCAAUGGGCUUCUCGUAACGAUGUUGGUGCUUUGACUGCUAACAGUGGUGCUCUACAGAGUGUUUUGCCUUCAAGUGACCUAGGUCACAGGCAAGUGCAAAAUGUACAUGACAUAAUCACCAUUCCAGACAUGUUUGGCAAAGGUGUUAUUCGAAGGCUUUCUGCAAUUUCCAGCAGCUAUAGACCAGCUUCGCAAAACCAAGCUCAGGGAGGGGAUUCCUCUACCCCUGAAUGUGAUGUGACCCAAAAUCACGGGUCGGGUGUUGGUCAACAGGGCCCAUUUCAAGGAGUGAAAUACACGUCAUCUAGCAGCAGUUCCCAACAUCUGCUAUAAACCAUGGUUUGGUUUGUGUCUGGGGAAGCUGAUAGUCAUCAAGCUCCGGUCUCUGCGAGGACUCUGGGAGGCUGUGACUGAUCCCGUGCGCUGCUGUUCCAUGAUCAUUUAAAUUGAGGACACAAAGAACUGUCCUGGCAAUUUAUGUCAGUACUAUGUAACGCACCAACCUUUUAAAAAAGUAUAUUUCAUGUUAAUAAAAACCAUACUAAUGCAGAUUUAUUAUCUUUAUCUCUAAUGUUAAGGACAUUUGAAUCCUGUUGUGUUUUUAAAAGCUACUUAAAUGUGUGAUGUCUGUUAUGCCACAACAUGUUUAGUACCUGUGUGAUGUCUGCUAUGCCACAACAUGUUUAUACUUGUGAACGUGAGCAUGUUUUAAAUGGAACAGAAGUGUAUUAAUUUUCUCACACAUGCCUGCUUUCCCUACAUGGUAUUAAACUGCAGUAUACAGCUAAACGUUUCGGACAGUAGUCUUAUAUGCUGUGCUGUCACAUCAUUACUGUAUGGCUUAUGUUUAAAGCAUUGCUGUGGGGUGGUCAACAAUGUUGAGCUUUUUUGCAGCUUUGCAGUAUUUCUGUUUAAAACUGUACAAAUUAAAAGUUCAGAUGCA